AUGUGGCUCGAGGACCGUUCUGAGAUCGAAAUUGUGGAUAUGAUCAUCCAGCUAAAUCAGCGGAUUGAGUCUCUUUACCAAUUAAGGCCAGCUGCGCGUGAUGUCACUGUAAAUUCCCUGCGCAAACAAAUCAGCGUCCUUCUGCAGGCCCUGCCGGAGGAUCUUCGCAGUGUGGUGAAAAACAGUGCUUCCGGCACCGGGGCCACUAGGAGCACUGUUGCUGUUUCUGAGCUCUCCUAA